CAAUAAGCUUAAAAUCUAACGGUGGACACAGCUCGUCCAGGCCCUUUAUAUUUAUUCUCAUUAGCCUCAUUCCAUCCCUCUCGAAAUCACUCGCAGCAUCUCUCUCGCUUUGGCAGCGGUGUUGCUGAUUUCUGUAUCGCCUGUUAACUGAGGAAAUGGUUCUUCAAAAUGAUAUCGAUUUGCUCAACCCUCCAGCUGAAAUGGAGAAGAGGAAGCACAAGCUCAAGCGUCUCGUGCAGUCUCCUAACUCAUUCUUCAUGGAUGUGAAGUGCCAGGGAUGCUUCAAUAUAACUACCGUGUUCAGUCAUUCGCAAACUGUUGUGGUGUGUGGCAAUUGCCAGACAGUAUUGUGCCAGCCAACCGGAGGACGGGCUAGGCUUACAGAGGGUUGCUCUUUCAGGAGAAAGGGUGAUUAAAGAUGAUAUUCAAGGAUGCUCCCUGCCUAUUGCUGGUGAAUGUUAGUUGAGUUAUUUUUAUUGGAUGAUUGUGUCAGCAUAUGUGAGCACUUUUGGGUUUUGCUUCUGAUGUGGAAUUUUGUUAGCUCAAAUAUUAUAGUCCUUUUAUAACAAUUUUAGGAUUUUUAUCUGAUUUUGGAUUACUGAAUCUAGUAGCAUUUGACAAA